AUGGGAGGCAUUCCCUAUACUUCGGGGGGCUGUGGAACUUGCCGGCGCCGCAAGGUGAAGUGUGAUGAGACGAAACCGGAGUGCUUACGCUGUACCAAGUACGGCCAUGAGUGUGCUGGCUACAAUAAGAAGAGGGUCUUCCUCCACGGUCGCACUGCGACGACUGGCAAGCCUGGGAAACUGGCGCCCGAUUUAAAUCUCGCGUUGGUCAAGAACCGGAAAGUUGAUCUGCCUCGUCCAAAUGUCAACCCUGAGCUCAGGGUUCAGCUGCUUACGGCAUUUAUCGAGGGGUAUCUUCCCCAGCAACCGCAUCUGCGGGACAGGACUGGACGGACGUUCCUCGAAGCCCUUCCAGAUCUUACUGGAGGCAGUGCCAUUCUCGAGAAAGCCGGCAUAUCUCUUGCCGCGGUCUAUCUCGCGAAACAGAAUCAGGAUGAUCGGCUGCUCCAAUACAGUAGCAAACUCUAUGGCAACACUCUGAAGACUCUUCAGGGCAGAAUUAAAUCUGGCGCCAAACUGGGGCAGGAUGUUCUAUACACCACUGUUAUUCUCCAAUUAUAUGAGUUGAUCGAUUGCUCUCCACCGGGUUUUAUGGCGUGGAUAGCGCACGUUCAGGGCAGCAUUGCAAUUUCUACACAGACGUCAGCCCAAGGAGAGCGGACCGUUGCAGAAAAGCUGUUUCACCGUCAGUUGAAAUAUGUGACAGUGAGUCUACCUCCUGCCAUUGUGACCGAGGCCCGCUCAUUCUUUAUGAUCCAGCUAUGCGACUCGAUAGGGAAGCGGAAAGCCCCCUACCUGUACAAUACACAGCUAUGGCGGAAUAGCAACUCAAACGAAGACGAUAACCUUGACCCAAUCGACGAGUUCAUUAAUCUUCUAGCCAAGUGUUCUGCGAUUAUGGAACAAGUCGACUGUUAUAUUUUCAACCUACCCGAAAACUUUGAGAAAGCGUCCCGGACCGGGAAUCAGCUCCUGCAUACUUGCCUAAAGUUCGAGGAAGACCUCCACCAAGUAUUUCUCUCCAUGCAGCGGAAACUGGGUCAACCAAGGGUCUCACCUGUGCCGCUGGGGGGCUUUCGUGAUUCUCUGGAAACUGACUUGUUUCCGGAGCCCCUCAAUUUUCCAUCCUUGACCUGUGCGGAAUCUCACCUGGUUUAUUGGGCUACCCUUAUCUUGCUUUACCCACUCAUUGGCGAACUAUACUCAGUUCUUGGCAAACCAUCUUCAGAUUUCCCGGUCCCCUUGUACUAUGAUUCGAAUGGGGGGACAGCGGAUCGAGCCACUGAAAUAUCAAGUGCUGAUACCACUGCGGCGUAUACAGCACUUGCAGAACAUUAUGCUGGUGAAAUUUGCCGCUCAGUCUUUUAUUUUAUACAACCUGAUAUGAAGACAUUAGGGGCGCAACUGCUGUUGGCGCCCUUGAGCCAGUGUGUGCAGUUUUUCCAUGUUGAGGGGUUAACUGCCAAAUUGAAGUGGUGCCAAGGUGUGCUCACGAUGUUAGCAAACCUCAGUCUCGGAAUUGCCCCUUUGUUGAAAAAUAUGGUUUGGCCUCAAUAUCGCGAUGCUCAAGGAAGGAGACUAUCCGCUUCAAAAGCUCUCAAUGGCUGA